UCCCCCCCACACCCCCUUUCUUGCAGGCACUUGCCUUCUCUUUCAGACAUCUCGGCCAGUAUGGGGAGUAAGACUUUGCCUGCCCCAGUACCCAUCCACCCUUCCCUGCAGCUUACCAAUUACUCCUUUCUGCAAGCCUUCAACGGCCUGCCUGCAGUGCCUUCGGACCACCUGCCCAACCUCUAUGGCUUCAGUGCCCUCCAUGCUGUUCACCUUCACCAAUGGACUUUGGGCUAUCCUGCCAUGCAUUUGCCCCGCUCAUCUUUCUCCAAAGUGCCUGGGGUGACCAGCCUAGUGGAUGCCAGAUUCCAGCUGCCUGCCUUCCCGCUGUUCCCACAUGUCAUCCAUCCCAAGCAUGAAGCGGCAAGUGUGCCACUCAAAGCCAAGCCUAGAUUUGAUUUUGCAAACCUUGCUGUGGCUGCCACCCAAGAAGAUCAUUCAAAACUGGGACAGAUAGACAACCAAGGCUCCUCUGCAGGCCUGGGCUCAUUGCUUGAAGUGACCAAACUUUCCCCCGAGAAGAAACCCACCCGUGGGCGGUUACCCUCCAAAACCAAGAAGGAGUUUGUGUGCAAAUUCUGUGGCAGACACUUCACCAAGUCAUACAACCUUUUGAUUCAUGAAAGAACCCACACAGAUGAAAGGCCAUAUACGUGUGACAUUUGUCAUAAGGCCUUCAGAAGGCAAGAUCACCUGAGGGAUCACAGAUAUAUCCACUCAAAAGAAAAACCUUUUAAGUGUCAAGAAUGUGGAAAAGGAUUUUGCCAAUCCAGGACUCUAGCUGUUCACAAGACACUGCACACACAAGUAAAGGAACUCAAACCUUCCAAAAUGAAAUGCUAAAGAUUCUAGCCCCCAUGGACUUCAUCACUUCACUCUACAUUUUUAGAUCAGAUUCUUGACAGAGGCAAUGGGGAACACUAAACAUAAUUUAAUACUUAAAAAAAAUUCAAGAAAACCACAAACCAAUAUGCACAAAAAUGCAGUCAGUCUUUCCAAAACCUGGGUAUUUCCAAGUGUAGGUCCUGCAUGACUUCACUAAACUUUACGUCAAAAGGUGGUGCUCAAGUAUUGGAGAGGGAUCUUUGUCCUCAGUUUAAAUACAAACAACAAAUAGCUUUCUACCUCCCCAAUUAAGUUUAUUCUUUUGCAAGUGACUUGUUUAAAGGUGUCUCCUUUAUAUCCUUUGGAAAAGAAAAUCUAGAAGAUCGUGAUCCUAACUCACUCCACAUUUGGGGCACAGCUGAGAUGGGAGAGAAGAUCACUGAUAAACUGUGUUGAAAAGAGGCAAGCUUCUGAAGGAGAUCGUGUUGUAAAAGGGGUCCUGCCAUCCUCUACAGAUUUUAACACUUCUGUCUUGGGGGGAUGGGGGUUGUGGGAUCUUUUCUGCAUGCUCUGGUGAGCAUCCUGUAGUUUCUGUUUAUUUGUGGUCUGGUGCCUUAGGAGGUAGUUUGUAAUUUGAAAGAAAAAUUGAAAGAAAAACCAAGCAAACAAAAUCAACCAACAAAAAACAACUAAGGUGACAAAAGGGAAACUUGAUAACAAUAAAUCAAAGUGACUGCUGUG